CUCGCAGCAGAUGAAGAAUUGCAGGGCGGAAUCGAAUGUAUCCCAGUUUCCUUUUUCGACACUUUGUAACCCACUUUCAGCGCGUCACAGUAGGUCAAAAUUACAAUCUUCCCUUCUAACACAAACUUCGACGGACAGGACUUUUUAACUAUCCCCUCCCCUCUAAACAUUUCAAAGAAAACUUCCACUCCAUCGCCCAGUUUGAUGCGGACACCUCUUGGACUCCCUAAAAAAUUCCCUGAUCCCCGGUCAGUUCUCUCCUGUCGGAUAAGCAAUACGAUCUGCUCCCCAACUCCAUUCUCUAUUUUUGUGCUUCCUUGUGCUGCCAAGCCCCUGACGUAAUGCUCCGUGUUAAUUAUUAGCAUGUGGGAAGCGAUGCCGAGACUCUCCUCUGCUGCUUAAACAAGAGCGACUGACUGCGGGGAGAAAAACCUCGUCAAGAUGGCCAAACAUACUGACCCAGAGUGAAGGGGCACCGCUCCCCGUCCCGUCCAGUCCUGUCCUGCGACCAGCACCAAUGCAACUGCUCCUUUAGAAAGAAAAUGUUCUCUGUGGACAAUGCCAUCAAGACUAAAGCUGGACAGUCACUGUAUGCAGGAGAAAAGCUGAGGAAAGUUUUGUAAGCCCCAAGUGGCCAGAGGGUUGGAGAGCUCCAACGAAUACCAUCUCAAAAGCUUCAAACAGGGAUUCCCUACCACUAAGCCUAACUCCAAAACCCAAGAACAAAGAUGCAAUACAUUGGUACCCACUAGCAAAUAACAUCUCAAAGGGCUAUUUUCUGUCAAACCUCAAGUGAAGAACCCAAUUGCCAAGUCUUGGUACCGUGAGCCUGCCCACCAGAUCAUGAUGUUUCGUGACCAGGUGGGAGUCCUCGUCGGCUGGUUUAAGGGAUGGAACGAGUGCGAACAGACUGUGGCGUUAUUGUCGCUCCUCAAGCGGGUCAGUCGGACCCAAGCACGCUUCCUUCAGCUCUGUCUGGAGCAUUCCUUGGCUGACUGUACUGAGCUGCAUGUUCUGGAAAGGGAGGCCAAUAAUCCAGUGGUGAUCAGUCAGUGGCAGAGUGAGUCUAAAGAACGGGUCAUCUCUCUGGUUCUGACCCACCUGCCUCUCCUUAAACCGGGCAACGUCGAGGCCAAAGUGGAGUACAUGAGUCUCCUGCCGAAGAUCUUGGGCCACACCAUCGAACAUGGCCGGCACUUAGAGGAAAGCAGGCAGCUUCUGUCCUACGCCCUCAUCCACCCCGCAACCUCCCUCGAGGACCGGGGGAACCUCGCCCUCUGGCUCAACCACCUGGAGGAGCGGGCGGCCGCCCGAGGAACUGGAGACUCCCUUGAGCGCGCGCCUUCAUCCCACCAUGGGCAGCCUCCACACCUCUAUCCCCACCACCAGCGCUACGGGUUGAGAAAUAUAUAUUCCUGUCGGGUGGGCAGCACAGUCCUCUGA